UAUAGAUAUAUGGAGCAGGAAUCCAGCAGCUGCAGGAGAUAAAUUUACUGGAAUGAAUGCAUAAAUCUCAGGCCCACCACACAUGUGUUGGAACUGAGAUUAAUGUAUUCAUUCUUCUUUAUUUCCUGCGUCUGCUGAAUUUCUUCUUUUUCUGAUGUUUUGUGCUGUUGUGUUCUGAUACCUUUAUUAGGUCCAACUAUGUCGAUGCUAUUCUCUGAGAUCUUGGGUUGAUCUUUGUAAGAGUAUUCCCCUAUUAAAGUUAGAUUAUUCUAAAACCAACACAAGUACCUGCAGUUUCUGUGUGUUUCAGGAAAAUGGUAUAAUCCUAAAUGUAGGCAUGUUUGCUGUGAUAACCCAUGCUACAAGCCAGUAUUAAGUUGUUAUAUUACACCCGCAUAACACUGUCAGGUCUAUUAUAAUUACCAAUCUGUUUUAUACUUGGAAUUAUUAUGUAUGGGUUUUGUUUUUUCAAUGGGUUACUCCCUUGCACCACCGUUCUCAAGCAUCUCCAAGGGAUGGAGAGAACCCAUUCUUCAGUCACAUGUGGCUUUUUGUAUACAGCUCAGCACAGUCCUGUUGUGUGUAAUUAAACUGGAGCUGCUUAGCCUCGUGGCCUUUUCCCCAAUUAGAUAGCCGAAAAAAUGUUUGAUAAUAUCAAAUCCUGGGCUGAAUAUAUUGUGGAAUGGGCUGCAAAGGAUCCCUAUGGAUUUCUUACAACAGUGAUUCUAGCCCUUAUGCCCCUAUUCUUAGCAAGUGCAGUACUGUCAUGGAAACUAGCAAAAAUGAUUGAAGCCAGGGAGCGAGAGCAAAAGAAGAAGCAGAAGCGCCAGGAAAAUAUUGCUAAGGCUAAACGAACAAAGAAGGACUAAGAGGUCAAUCCUACUGGACAGAACUUUUCUAAACAAGGCACUGUUUUUACAUUUCUAUCUUUUUGUGUUGUGAUCUUUAUGGGAGGUAGACAUGCAUCAAUUUGAGAAAUCCUGAAAUAAUGUGUCCUUUUUAUGUUGUCAUUAAUUUUAAUAGCUUUUUAAGGAGUAUUGUCCUGGGACUUAUUUUCUAAUUUGGGAUGUAUUUGUAAGCAAAAUGUAAGUUACAAUACAUGUACAGAAUGUAUUUGUAAAAUAAGAAUUACAUUUUUUUUAAAUUAAAGAUCUAACUGCUUAUGAUUUUAUGGUACAGAAUCUAUAUGCUCUGCUCUUUAAUAUUCUUUUCUAUAACCUUAAAUGGUAAUGAGGUAUACUUAUUUGUAUAUAAGUCUGAUUUCAUAGUAAAAGUCAAUAUGUUCAACUUUCAUUGAUUAACUGGUUUGUAGGAAUUGUACUAUGGAACUGAUUGUAUGUAGUUCACAGAAGGAGAUGACUUCCUGUUGUUUUUUUUUUUUUUUUCAGGGCGGGGUGGGGAGUUGGGUGCAUGUAAAUGGCGGCAGUCCUUACCUGCAAGAUGUUUUGGGAAAAAAUGUGAAGUAUGACCACCUGUAUGGCUUAUGAUGGACCAAUAAUUGGGAAUAAUGGCUUUGACACUAGAGCACUAUUCUGUAAACUGAUAGGAUUAUUAGAUGCUGUUUCAUUCUGUUCAUACAAAAAGCAGACUGGUGAUAUACUAGGAAAAUGACAGCACUGCAACAUUUAAGUAAACUUGUAUCUAAGAAGACAGCAGGCAUAGUAGCAAUCGAAAGUGGGGCUACAAACUGAAAUGAAUGUCUCUUGACUGAACUUGGCUUGGCUCUUCCUAUUUAAAUGCAUCAUUAUUAGGUCUAGUAAAGGUGCUAUACAUUAUCAGGUCCUUAACAAUGUGCUAAGGUAAGAUUUAACAGGCCCCUAUUUGUGUGGCCUUUCUGCAACUCAGAAAAGGAAACCAGUUCUUUCACUAUCCUCUUUCUUCCUUCAAGAAUGAAAUGGAAUGCUUUUUCCUAUUUUAAACUAACCACGGUUUCCUAUAACAGCUGAACAGAGGAAGCUGUUGUUAUUUUAAACUAUGGCUUAAGAACUAGUAUUUGAAAAGUGUGGUUUCCUGUGAAAUCUGAACCAAACCACAGCUUCCUAAGACAAGGUGGGAGCAGAUGGAGGCUCAUUUGUGGCAGACAACAAAUGGCUGGUGACAUACUUUCAGCUUGGGGCGGCAUUUCAAUGAUGCCAUUGUUAUAUUUCUAAUUAAGCCCUGUUUGUUGCAGAGGACCAUACUUAAAAGCAAGGCUUUUUAGAAUCAGCUGUUAAUUUAACACCCUAUAAGUAUGCAUAGGUGUUGUGCUAUUCCUGUUUGAACUGCUGUGCUUACUGUUGCAGCAUUUGUAUACUGAAAGCAUACUGAAAUCAGCAGAAUCUACUCUGAGUUACAAGCCAGUUGUAAAGAUAGUACAAUACUGUAGCUAUGGAGAAACUGGGAUUACAUGCAUCUGUAGUGCAUUAUACUUACAACCAUCCUUUCUGCCACAACAGCUCCAUAUUAUAUCACUGUCAAAGAAAAGGUUCAUGAGCAUUGACUAAUGUAGUUGGAGUGGUUGAAAUCCUGAAUAUGUACUGAGUUUGUGGCAUGACUUGUGACAAGUGAUGCUGAAAGGGCCAAUACACGUUUACAUCAUUCCUACUGAUGUAAGGACUGAUGAGGCUAGGAAACCUAAGGCAUAAUCUAGUAAUUGCUGGCAUCUCCUCUGAUGCAUUACAAGACUGAAGCAUCCAGUAUAAUUGCGUGUGCGCUUUAAAAAUUGUUUGGGCCAUGUCUGCUCAUAUGAAUAUUAAUGUACUGACUACAGGAAACGUAUGGAACAGCAUUCAUCCCACUGAAAAUUUCUACUGUCAAUAAACCAUACUUUAAAAUUGGUUUUAGUUUGUAAGCAUACCAAAAAAUUAUUACAGAAAGACAUGUAACUGUAGUGUGUGGUUCUAUAAAUAGUCUGAAAACAAUGAAAGAACAUUGUUCAAGUGGAAUUUGCCUUCUCAUCUAGAUGCAGCUGGCUAUAUUUGUAUACAUUUACGUGAUGGAUCAUAGCUAAUGGCACUGUUUGA